UUUAAGAUUUGCUCAAAAAAAACGCGUAAGUAAGAAGGAAUCUCAUACUACUCCCGUCCCGUCAAGAGAUCGCCGUCGCCCCUCCUCGCCGGCGUUCCCCCCGCUCGCCGCCAUGGCCCCCGCCAAGUGGCUGAUGCACUGGCACCCAAACCCUGGAGCGACGCUCAACAGCCAGAUCCUGGCGGAGGCCUGUAGCUGCGCGGAGUCCCUCGGCGGCACCAAGGACGGCCGCUGGAAGACCUCCAUCAUCUCCUGCCGCCCGAUCACACGAGACAGCAUGGGCGCCGGCGGGCGGCUGCCUCCAGAUGUGCCCGGCGAUCUCCUCGGUGUCGCGCUCCACGAGCACCCCGGACUCUACUUCUCCAUCCUCCGGACUCAUCGGCUCGUCCUACAGGCUGACGCUGCCUUCCCCCAUGUCAUGGAGAAGCUCCAGUCCUACAAGGCUCGUGUGAGCCUCGACUUUGAGGGAUUCCAAUAUCAACUGGGUGAUUUUUGCUUGAGGAUAGGUAAAUGUGCUCCUAACAAUUCUGAAACAAUGAGAGGAAUCAUAAUGGAGGUAGAGUAUUAUCCCUUAUCUUCCAUCGAAAAGUCCAGGGCAAUUAUGGUAGACUUCUUUGACAUAUGGCAGGAAACACUUGCAAAGAAGUCGCUGCCUGGUCGAUUCAUCCAUGUAGAGUCUAACUUUUCAGAGUAUGGUCUUUCAGAUCACUACUCUUUCCAGCACACCGCAGUUCAGUAUGCUACCUGCUUGCAACAACUCAUGGCUGUGAGGGCCUAGAUCCCAUAUAUAUUAGAUUUGGUUGUAUGGAUCACGAAUAUUUUCAUUGAUGAUAUGAUAAAUGAAAUUGAAAAUACAUACUCUAUGGGACGGUCAAUGACAUCUUAUAUUACAAGAUGUGGGAGUAUGAAUUAUUAAUAAAUUAUUGAGGUGAACUUUUUGUCAUG